GUCAAAGAUUAGCAACAACAUUUAUUUUUUUGCAUUAUUAGUUAGACAUGUAACAACCAGGACAAGGGUUAAUAUGAGUAAAUACCUACUGUAUACAAUACAUUCAAAUAGACACAAAACAACUGCUGAAAGAAACAAAAAAAACGUAAACAUCAAUAAAUAGACAUAGAAUAACACAUAAGCUAAAAAACACAGUAGUUAAACAGUGUUACUUUAUACGGAAUGUUUGGAAUUCUGGAGAAAGAGUUCUGCUCCGGAAUGUUCACAACAUAUGACCAUGGAACUCUGCUGGAUCUCCAUUCCAACCGAGGACUCUCACCUGGUCAUUACACACAAACCUGCUGGAGAGAAAGCAUUAGUACACCUACAUAGAGAACAAAUUCAAACUAUGAACACUAAAAUGUCUUCUAGACAUCACCUGAUUGCUCAGAUGGAGCUUGUACAAAGCCUGUCCAAACUCACCCCGGAGGAGAGGAAGGUAGAGGUCAGAAGACAAAUGUAUGUGGAGCUGAAGGAAGUGGAGAUGGAGCGCAGACAAAAUGCUGCUCUGGAGACCCUGGCAAAUAGCGAGAGGGACAGAGAAGAGACUCCAAGAGUUCCAAAAAGUCUCAAGAGUGCCAACAUGGAGAAGGACAGGAAGAGGCAGAAGGCCCCUGAGACAAGAAGGCAAAACCAGUUGAAGCAAGAGAGGCUUCAGUGGCAACAGGUGAUACUGGAGGGAGUCAAAACCCCCACCCACCAUUUCAUUGCUCUGAAUGAAGAGCAAGAGAAGAGGCGAGAGGAGGCUGACAGCCUGACCCCCCACCUGAAGUCACCUGAGACCAGAAAUACAACUCUGUACAACAACUGGGUUGCAAAGGAAGAAAUGGACAGUGAGCCUGUCGUUGAUAACUCCACCUAUCUCCUUUAUGCUGAGAAACUAAAGCCAACGAUUGAUGGAAAAGCAGAUGAGGUCAAAGAGAGCCUGCAGUCCAUGCAGAAGGACAUACUCUCAGUUGGACACUGGGUUGGAAAGUACCGGCAGAACCAUGAGAAGAAGCGGGAGAAACGCCGGCUAAAUACACAGGCUCAAUACGAGCAAUACGUCGCCUCCAAGAGCCAUGGCCCCCAGAACACCGUGCUGAACGACCUGUUGGACUGUAAACAAGUGUUGGGAAAGAAGAAUGUCUUCAAGAACUGCAUUGGAAAGGAAGAAAAGGACAGUAGUCCUGUCAUUGAUUCCUCCAACUAUCUCCUCUAUGCUGAGAAACUAAAGCCAAAGUCUGAUGGAAAAGCAGAUGAGGUCAAAGAGAGCCUGCAGUCCAUGCAGAAGGACAUACUCUCAGUUGGACACUGGGUUGGAAAGUACCAGCAGAACCAUGAGAAGAAGCGGGAGAAACGCCGGCUAAAUACACAGGCUCAAUACGAGCAAUAUGUCGCCUCCAAGAGCCAUGGCCCCCAGAACACCGUGCUGAACGACCUGUUGGACUGUAAACAAGUGUUGGGAAAGAAGAAUGUCUUCAAGAACUGCAUUGGAAAGGAAGAAAAGGACAGUAGUCCUGUCAUUGAUUCCUCCAACUAUCUCCUCUAUGCUGAGAAACUAAAGCCAAAGUCUGAUGGAAAAGCAGAUGAGGUCAAAGAGAGCCUGCAGUCCAUGCAGAAGGACAUACUCUCAGUUGGACACUGGGUUGGAAAGUACCAGCAGAACCAUGAGAAGAAGCGGGAGAAACGCCGGCUAAAUACACAGGCUCAAUACGAGCAAUAUGUCGCCUCCAAGAGCCAUGGCCCCCAGAACACCGUGCUGAACGACCUGUUGGACUGUAAACAAGUGUUGGGAAAGAAGAAUGUCUUCAAGAACUACAUUGGAAAGGAAGAAAAGGAAAGUAGUCCUGUCAUUGAUUCCUCCAACUAUCUCCUCUAUGCUGAGAAACUAAAGCCAAAGUCUGAUGGAAAAGCAGAUGAGGUCAAAGAGAGCCUGCAGUCCAUGCAGAAGGACAUACUCUCAGUUGGACACUGGGUUGGAAAGUACCAGCAGAACCAUGAGAAGAAGCGGGAGAAACGCCGGCUAAAUACACAGGCUCAAUACGAGCAAUAUGUCGCCUCCAAGAGCCAUGGCCCCCAGAACACCGUGCUGAACGAUCUGUUGGACUGGUCCGUCUGCUAAAAACAACAGCUUUAAAUCCAGAUUCAGACCAAUUUCAUUUUAGUGUUAUUGUUAUUGAAGAAGCUGGAGAAUUGUUGUUUCUUAAGUAAAAAUGUGUUCAUUUUAAAACA